UUGAAUGAUCGAUUCUUCCUGAUCUCCAAGUGAGUGAAAAAUUCAAUAUGUAGCUCAAUAAGAAAGAAAUGCUUAAACUUACAAACUUUUUAAGGAGCAGAGUCUAAGAAAAUUGCCAUGCUCUGUGUCUUGCAUCCUUAUUUAUCCCUGUAGCAACAUUGCUACACGGGAAGCAUAUUCAAAUACAGUACUGCGUAACAGAAAGGUCUUUAGCUGUUUAGAGUGACAGGUCACUGAUAGUGAGUUAUGGCAGGGGACAUGUUACAAACGUUUAAAAACUGCUUAAAGUAAAAGUACAAUAGAAAUAAACGAAAAAGCUGAGUUCGGUCAACAUGGAGUCUGAUGAGCUUAAUCUCCAGGAAACGCUGGUCAAUAAAAAUAAAACGAACAACGAUGACUCCUUUAUACGGGACAUCCAGGACAACCUGCCUUCAUCCUCCAUCUACGUGUUCUUUUUGUCGAUUUUCCUGGCCCAGGCCUGGGUUAUUUACAUCACUCUUUACAACUCACGGGUAUUUGGGUUGGUAAUUACCUGGAUUCUCAACAAGUUUGUCAAAUAUGGACACAUCAGUUUUGGAUCAUUUUCCUUUUCUGUUUUGUCUGGAAAAAUCAUGAUACGAGAUUUCCAUUACAUAACAGAGGAUUUCUCAGUGAGAAUACAGUAUGGGUGGAUUAUAUUCAAAUGGUGGCAGAAAUACAUUCCGAAAGAUCUUACUGAAGACUUGUCACACAUGGAAACAAGGGUUCAGAUGUUUUUAGAUGGAUUUCAAAUACAUGUCUACAAUAAAGUGGGCACAUACGACCGACUAGAUAAAUUGUUUGGCAGCAGUGCAAAUUUGACUGACCCUGUGGAAGCAAACUCUAACACUAAAAGCAGUGCUACAAAUGUGUCCAAUAUAAACUGGAGGGAUCUCUUUCCAGUCAUCAAAGUGGAAAUGUCAUCAGGAAGAAUCAUUUUUGGAAACCACCUAGUUCCACAUUCCCUGAUCUUCAGUUUUGAGGAUGGUCACUUUACCUACACCACCAAGCCAGCUUCCACUCCAUUUGACCAGUUCAUGCACGAUGCCACGGGGAAAGCAGAGAACUUCAAGCUCAUGUUUGUUCAGAGCAACAAGUACACCGGCCCUUUAGAUGAAGCACCAAGAUACAUGGGAGAAGGAUUCAUAGUUCUACAAACCAGAAAGAUUGACAUUCAUUUUUAUAUGGAUGAACCAGGAAUCGUUCCAUAUGAACCAGAGAGUGUGGAGCUGGCUGAUGGAGAAACCGUGGUCCGCAGGACGUACCCCUGUCUGGGAAUGGACGUAAAGUGUGGCAAAAACACAGACAUCAACUAUGGCCCUUGGGUUGAUAAACAGAGAGAGUUGCUGUGGAAGUUUUUCUACCCCGCCGACUACCAGGACAUGGUCCCCACAGAGGAGGCCAAACCGGGGGAGUACAGGAACUACAAGAAGUUUGAAUUCAUGAUGAACCUCAUGCAGACCUCAACCAUUGACAUCCUGUUUACAAAAGAUUCUGAGACCCAGGCCAUUCACAUGAGCACAAGUCAGGGGUCGUAUGUAGAGGUCACGGUGCCCUGGAUCACCAGCCCCGAUGGUUUCACCAGUACGGUCCAUGGUCAGUUGCUACUGGUGGAUGCCACCACUAGUCUACAGUACCGCUCACUGGUCGAGUGUGAAACUUUUGAGUUUACAGUGAAGGCGUCCUACCCCCUCUCCUGGAACAGCCAUCAGGACUGGACGUGCGAUUUUAUUGCCUGCAAAACGGCCUUUUGUCUGAUAUUCGAUCACAAACAUUUUUUCUCAGACCUGAUCAAUGAUUGGUCGGUGAAGACAGUCCCGGACCUUUAUCACUUCGUGCCGUACACCUGGACCAUUAACUUUCAGAUCAAGGAGUUUGAGCUGAUUCUGGUGACCAAUGAGUACAACUGGAUUGACACCUCCUCUCAUCAGCCAGAAAAUGCACAGAUAGCUUUCUGUGGAGAUCUUCUGGACAUGUCCCUAGUUUUACCCUACACCGACUUUUUACCAGAUACAGUUCACGUUGGACUUGUCUUCAAGGGAGAGAAUGCAUUUUGUCGCCUGUAUCUUCCUGUUAACAACACAAGCCGCCAUGUUCUGGAGGCUUUGUCAAAGAACGUGAAGCUGAUGGAUCGAAAUGGGCAAAUCAUGGAGGAACCGUUCGGUUCAGAGAAAAAGCAGUGGAGAAGGAUGACUCAAAGGAGUGACGGCUGGGUUGACUGUUGGACCACUUCCAAUGUGGCCAUCAGCAUUGGCUACAAUUACCACCCAAUGCCUGUCCUCCUCCAGCAGGCCCCGGCGGAUGAAGAGUCCCUCACCGCCCCCCUCCGACCCUCCAAGUACCUCCACCUCCAGCCUCCAGACAACUUUGACCCAGGAGAGAUGGAUUCUGACUUGAUCGCUGUGGAAUUAGAGGUGGCUCCCUCCAUGCUUUGUGUUUAUGGGUCAUUGCUGAGAAACUUCCUCCAUGUCAAGGAAAACUACUUAGGAGAAGAUCAGAAGUUUACAGAUUUUGAAGAUGCAAACCAGACCCCUAGGAAGAGUGGACAGGGUAAUCUAGGUCCCCUGUCUGAGGAGAAGUAUUCACAGCCAAAGCCAUUUGAUGAGAGAUAUUAUCGUCCAUUUGCUGUCACUGUGUCUGUAGCUAUACAUGAAAUUCAUGGCCAUCUAGUGAAGAACUGUAACAUGGAUGACUUGCCAUGCCCAAGUAUCAUGCUGGAUAGACUGUGCUUUGAGAUGGACAAAGCGUACAAAGAGACCAAGCUUCAGCUACUUCUGUCUCCAGUCAUCCUUAUAGCCAAAGACACAGUGUCAAGGGAGAAUGGCUCAAAACAGCUCAACGAGGGUCAUCUUGGGUUGUCAGGGUUACAGGUCAGAGGUCAUGCUAUGUUCUCACACGAAGGCCUGCCAUUGGACAGUGAGACGUUGGAAUAUGGUUGGUUGGUGGAGGCCAUCAUAGGGGACUUCACUGGCAAACUGACCUCAGCCCAGCUUCAGAAUCUGGUAGAGUUUAUCCAGACAUUUAUCAUGUUGGUGGAGGACCCAGAAAACAGCAUGGAGAGGCCCCAGCCCCAUAAACAGUGUCAGCACAUGCUGCCCCAGCCCCACUGUCGCAUGCUGACCCAGUACAACUUUCCAUGCCCCACUUCAGAAGAGAUCAAGUACGAGAUGGUCCGACUAUCACUUGACUCUGUCAACUUCUCUCUGGUGGAGAGUGGCACUGCCCUCAAUGUACAGGUCAGUACAGUGAAAAUGUCAACCUGUAACCUUCAUGGAACCAACACCAGGGCAGGAAUCACCGGGCGGGUUGAGAACAUCUCACUGCGACAGUUCAUCGCAUCAUCUGUCCUCAAAUACCAAAACACUCACCCAGAAAUAUGGCUGGAAUCCGGAAGCUUGAUAUUCGGACCUCUUGAUGCUGAAGCUGCUAUGGCUCUGCCAAAUCCAGAUUUUCAUGUUCUGCAGGACAGAUUUUUAAGAAUUCAUGACAAAAAAACAAAACGGUUGUGGUUUCUUUGGUCAGUGAAUGAACUGAAAACUCAGCCAACUGUUGUUGGAAAAUGUGGUUGUCAUGGAGGAUGUGCAUUUUUUGGAAGAAAUAGGAAUGGAGUUGGAUUUUUCAGUCAUCGAAAAACAAAGGAAGCUACCUCUAAAGCAGUUCUACAGGUGUCCCCUCAGGGACAGGACCCAGGGUUUGGACAGAGCUUGUUAGUCACAGACAAGCUUGUGUUUGAUGUUUUACCAAAUAAUGGGGAACUCUCCCCAGCAAAGAACUUCUCCUUCACAAGGGGCUAUAUGAGUGAUGUAUUGACUCCUGAGUCUCCCGGAACCAACAUUACUGUGAUAGAGGACCGCUCAUUGAGCCACAACAGCUCCACACUUACUGUAAGCAAAGCUGAACAGGAUGCUUCACUCACUGAAACCAAGGAUCAUGUGGACUCCAGUUCAGUGAGAGCAGAUUUCUCGGACAAGACUGUGAGUCCAGGAUCAGAGUCCCUGCCACAAGACUCACUCACUAGUCCCGUGUCGGAAACACGCAGUUUAGUAUCCAGACUUAGCAGCAUGGAAGAGGGCCUUGCCAAACAAAUGCCCAGUAUCUCUAGCUCUCCUCUUUUGGAAGGCAGGCGGAAAGUAUCUAUGGACUUGGGAGAUGUCCAUUUAGCAAGAACUUCGAAAUCUAAUGUUUCUUUGCCAUUAUCAAGUAAGAGUCUGAGACAGGAAAAGACUUUUUCUGUUGUGUCAUUGGAAAGUGAGAGAUACUAUUCAGCUGAGGAAGACAAUCUAGAGAACACUACCGCUGUGUCUGGUGGGAGCAUUGAUGACAGCAUGUUAUCCACCGGAAGUCAAGAUCAGACCCUGAGAUCGACAGAAACUGAUAUGUUCAAUGAGACAGUUGUACCAGGAACAGUCAGGAGGCCAGUGACAGAGAGACAAGACAGUGAAUCAACCACAGGAUCCUCUUCAUCUUUUGAGUCAGCUGCCACAGAUCAGAGUGAUUCAAGUGAUGAUUUGGAUGAAAUGGACUCCCCAGAAUUCAUGGAGAAUAUAUCCAUGGUUGAUUUACAUGGACAAGUGAACAAACCAAUCACACAGUCUCCAAUACUCAUGAGCUGCUACUCUGGUCACCUGACUCAAUACGAGUGCAAGGAUUGGUCCUCUUCUCAGCCAAUCCAAGGAUCUGGUGAGAUGAAGCAUGACCAAUCAGCUUACUCCUUGUCCUCGGCCUGUCAUUCUCUUCAGUAUAUUCACAGUCCAGCAUGUUUACCACAUUUUAAAAGAUUGAGGCAGGGGUUUUCUCCUGGACUUAUGACUGCCAAAGAAAAACUUGUCUCUAAUGUUCAUGAUCAGGGGACUGCUGUAGAUGGAAAAAAUUCACAAGGGGAUACAGUGGAAGAAACACUUUUGGAAAAUGCUUCCAUCACAACAGGGGUAGUCAAACUUCAUGGAUCAAUGGAUAUCACACUCACUCCCCUAUUUCUGGAAUCUUUUCAAAGAUAUGCUGAGGCUGUGACUCCCACUCUGAUGUUGCUGCACCCCUCCUCUAUUGUUGAUGGCCUACACAGCCAGUGUCUGGAGCGCCUGAAGCGUCAGAACCGCCUGAAGAAGGGCAAGACAUCUGGAGAGGAGGACACAGAGAAGCAGGUCCCAGAGAGACAGUUCAGUACGGACAGUCGCAAUCAGGAGGGGGAGAUGAAGACCUCCAGUAUUCAGGCCCUACUCACCGUAUCUAAGAUCAACAUUUGUGUUCUACAAGCUGGUAUAGUAGAGGAGGUGAUCUCUUUCUCUGCCCUGGAUAACCUGCAUGACCUGACGUGUGUAUCACUGCUGGCUCUAUGCAUCGACAAUGUGGAAUGUCAGCUACUCUCCAACAGUCACUCGUGUAAAACUUUCACUGAUGUCUCCCAGGUCAAUAACCCACAGAUGUCCCCAAAGAAACGGGCCGGCCGAACAAACACUGAAGUCAGUUUUGCAGAGAGACAGACAGACAAACAGCUGAUAGAAGUGUGUCGGGAGGAGGAUGUAGGAACGUUGAAUAUAGCCAGAAUCCAUCUACAGUUACAGAGACUGUUGAAAAACAGCAACUACCUGGAUGAUGAUAUUCAUUUGACAGCUAUCCCUGAACACAGGUCGAAGGUUCUGUUUAAGUUUGAUGAGUUCCCCUUCUCUGGGCUCAUGAAGAUGAGGAGACACAGUAGUGCUCGGCGCGAGUCCAUGUUACAGUCCCCAAAAACUCGUGUGGGCAGGAAUGCAUCGUUCAGCAGACAGUCAAGUCGAGAUAGUGAUGGUAGAGGGGGAACUCUUCCCAAACUUUUCAAACAAGGCAGCAUCGAAGAGGAGAAGAAAACUCCUAAGCUCAAACGUCAGGAAAGUAGGGAAUCUUACCGAGGUCAUGAUCGAGGUAUCGGAUACAUCAUGUUCGAGUGUGGCUUGGAGGAUAUCAAGGCCACUGCAGUUAGAAGACUUGGCUUCAAAGACAUUGCUGAUGCAGAUUUUCUGAAGAAAAUGGACAAUAUUUCCCGUAAAUUGGAAGACAUUCAGAAUUCUACCAAACAGGACAUUGAAUGGCAUCUGGGAGAGAAGAAAGAGCCAGUGUCUCCUACCAAGAAAGCACCCCCGAAACGUCAGGAUGCUACAGAGGAAGCUUCACUUCAUUCCUGGGAUUCAAGGGUGUCCAUUCCCUCCAGCUGUUCCAGUAUUGGUGACCCUCACAUUGCUGAGGAUCUUGAGGGUGACGCCUCCAGUGGAAUCCUGGAACUCAAAACCAUCUGGCUUAACUUCGCUGCUCCUCCUCCAAUCUCCAUCAAACGGAAAGUGGACUUCACCAGGUUGGACUGGAACUUGCUUAGUACUGCAACAACUGCCAUCAAUGCCUGGCUGAAUCCUGCUGACCGUCUGAUGUGUGAGAUCCGCUGUAUGAUGUUGACCCUCACUCGGAGAACCAGUGCAGUCAUCGCCUGUAUCAUGACCAAUGCACUGGAAGUAGAGGGAAUCAAGCUCCCAAACAAAAGUAAGUACAGCAAAGUAACAACCCUAGCCCAGAUUCUACAAGAAGAACCUUCUUGUCAGCUCCUCACAGCCCUGAGGCGGUACCUUAACAAAGUGGGAACAAAGCCAGUGGAGGAUGCUGUAAAAUCGGACACCAUGCCUCAACUGAUCACCAUCCAGAAAGGCAUCCUUGCCCUCACCAGGCAGUGGAAGAACCUGCUGUACAUGCCUCAGACCAAAAUGAGUUUCAAAGACCGGAAGAGUAUGAGACCGUACACAGUGAAGUUUGCUGUUCCAGAAAAUGGGGAAGACCAUGAGAUUUCUUUUGAUAUGGAUAGCAAUACUGAGUUACUGGACACAGUGGAUGAGCGGGCCUCACUGCUGCUGUCAGAGGAGAGGUCUGUCCACCAAUCCGCAUCUAUCCCAAGUCUUGCGGAGCACGUAGAGGUUCCUGAAGGGGAAAGCAGGAAUUCCUCCUUCAAAAAAAAAUAUUUUGGAAAACUGCACCAGACUGGCUCAGGAACUCCCCCAACUACUAGUUUGUUUGAUUCACCAGUCAAAACUAAUUUGUUUAGUAAAAUCAGUGCAAACCUCCAGACCCCAAAUUUUGCCAGGAACGAUAGUACUUACAGUUUCCACUCAGCAGCUGCAAGCUUAAACAGUAUGGAAGACACUCCUCCUCCAACCCCAAUGAAACCAGAAUUGCCCAAGUCCUCCAUCUUGAAAAACAAGGAAGAUAAGAUCAGUGAUCUCUACCAGUGGAUGUCCAUGCAGAAGGACGACUUCAAGCAGCCUUUUGAUGAUAACCCUACAAUAAAGCGGCAUGACUCUUUGAUCAAUGCAUUUGGAAGUGCUUGGAGUCAGGAGGACAGCAAACUGGAUCUGACAGAUGAACAGUUUGCUACCCUGACGUCCAUCAUGCAGCUAGCAGAUGCACAGAGCUUGUUCAGACCUUUCUUACAGAGUGUGGGUUUACAUGUUGAAGGAGUCAGGCCCUCUGCAAUGAUGAAGAAAUUUGGUGGAGCUCUAUCUUUGGAAGGGAAAUUAAAGUUCUUGAAGAUUGAGAUUUCUGAUUCAGGAAGAAGAAAAGGGAAAGGAAAGAGCAGGAAACAUCGCACAAAAUUGCUGAACUUGACAGAUGAAAUGCCAGCUUUCCUCUGCCAAGAUUUCUGUGUUAGUGUUGGAAUGAAGGAUGUAGUAGAUUUUGAAACCAAAGAGUCAGGAGAAGCCUUUGAUCCAAACUGUCAGCUUAAUUUUGCGAUGCACAAACUGGAGGCCAAACCAACAACUCUACAAGUAAACUUCUCAAUCAACUGUAAUUCAGUAACACAACAUGUAGAUAUGCCUCUCCUAAGGUUGAUUCAUCAGUUUGUAACAAUGGCUGAAAAUGUGGAAGAAACAAGGAAUGAACUGAAACAAAACCAUACUGCUGAUGACUGGACCAAAACACACCGAAAACAGGAAUCUAAGGGGUCGAACUCCAGUGGUGAUACCGAUACAUCAGAUGGAACUAGCCCAACAGAAAUGGUCCAAAGUACAUGGAAACCAGAGGCAAGGUUGCCUGUUUCUGUUAAAUCUGAUAUAUUGGAAUCAGAUUCAUCUCAAGAAUUAGGUAAAACAGCACCAGGAGGAGUUGAGGGUAGAGAUGGAAGGGGGAACCAGUCCAGUUGUGUCCUCACCCCUCCUCAGUCCCUGAACCUCAGUAAAACUGUAGCAAUCGACAUUGAAGAAACGUCCUCACCGGCAGUGACUGAGAAAACAUUUAUAGAUGAGCUCAAUGCCACCACUCCCAAGUGUUGGAAGACCCUGUGUCAUCUCCUGGAACUAUAUUCCACCAUGCCAGAACCCAAGACAGUCAAGAGGAAGCCAUCCUCAAAGUUGCCAGUAAUUGAGGAGGAACCAGAGGCUGAGGUACAGGAGGAAGGUGAGGAGCAGCUGGAGACGCCCUCAGACACGAGUAAGACAGGAAACCAUGCCAAGCUUGAGGAGCUAGAUGAGGAGGAAAAGAAUAUUGGAAUGCCACGUAAACCACGGCCAUCCAUCAGCCAGUCCAGGUUCAAACAAAGUAUCUAUGUGGGGGAAACAAUUCCAUUGGUUGUUUUUGGGAUUGCCAAAGUACAGGAAGUGAAGAUCCUAGCUGUUCUUAGUGGUCUUAAACUGGAAGCCUCUCUGAGAAAUGUCCACGCCAGCGGUACAUACAGGGAAAAGGUCAAAGGUUUUGUCCAAAGGAAGUCUUCAGAAUCGUCAGUCACUGCACACAUCGGAAACACCCUUGUCCAGCUGUUUGAGGGCAUCCCCCCAGAAAUGAAAACUGUGGUGACCAUCACCAUUGAUAAGACCCAAGCUCUUCACACCACCAUUCUGAGGAGGGGCAAGGAACAUAACUCUGCCAUGAUCUCUGUCGGGCUAAUUGAGGUGGAUAUCCCCCAGCACCCCGUCGUCUUGCAUGGAAUGAUGACCAGGGGCUCCAAGCAAAUAUCUAGUACCCUGCAAGAAUUCAGGAGGCCGGUUUCUAGGUCAAGUCGUAAUUUGGAUACUGUACAGGAAGUUAGCAGUGCAGAAACAUUUACUGGGGAGGCAGUCAAGAAACCCAAGACACCAGCCAAAGAAGGAGAGAAAAUCAAUCGACCUAAAUUCCUCCACAUUCAUGUCAAGGCCAUAUUUCAAGGACUCAUUACAGGAGCUUCUCUCUUGCCCUCUUUAAAGGCUCAACAUAAGACCGGUUCCAUCACUCUGAGUGGUAUGACCGGCAAGAAGUCCAGGUUCACAAUGGAUCUACAGAAACAUCAACUCAGCUUCAAGUCCAAGCGCUUAGAGACACAGGUGCAGACAACUGAGACUUCACUUCCCUCCGAGGCAGAGAUAGAGUUACCUCCCAUCCACAUGUAUGCAGACUACCGACCCCACAAGCAGGGUGAGACCCCCUCAGAUAAGCUCGGGGAGGGACUGGUGCUGAAGGAGGGGGAUUUCCUGCAUGCUGUGGCAGAGAUAGGGAUGCUUGAGCACAGUCUCACCACAGAUCUGCUUAAUCACCUUGUCUUUGUUCAAAAAGUUUUUAUGAAGGAGGUGAAUGAACUGGUACAGAAGGUUUCUGGGUCGGACCAACCCGUCCCCCUGUGGGAGGAGGGGGAGGUGGAGAAACACACCACGCAGGAUCUCCUCUACUCAUUCAGCUUCAGGUUCAAGGGCGUCCAGAUCACGGCCACUACCCCCACCUCUAGUGCCGUCAGGCUAGAGACGGGCUCGGUAGAACUGGAGGUGUCCAAUCGUGUGUUGAUGGCUACAGCGGAGGCUAAAGAUAAACCUCCUAAAGUCAAUGAGAAGAUGUUCAUAAAGGCCCAGGUGAAACUGAAUGUUGCCCUUGGACAGCUGAUAAAGAACCCCAUGUUUGAAGAAGCAGAACCAGAAUUUCAGACCAUGGCUUUCUUUAAGACAAAGAUUGGAAUCAGGAAUGCUCUGCAGGACGAGCUGAUCCCUGGGGCGGCCCAGGAUCAGGAGGCCCUGUUGAUUACACUGACACGCCCCAUCAUACUGGCCCAGCCCCAGGCCUUUGAUAAAGCUGUUCUUGUAUGGUUGAAUUACAAGAACGCUUAUGAAUACUGGACAGAACAAAGGAUGGCCUUAAACACAGAGGUGUUGAAUGCGACAAGACAGGUGAUUGACAGGAUCCCAGCGGUCAGGUCCCCCACCUCCCUCAGUACACUGUUUCUCCAACUGACCGUCGACGACAUGGGGAUAUGUGUUCCUGUCACCUCUGUCUCCCAGCUGUACCCUACCACCCCUCAGACGGUGUUUGUGGACAACGAGCCGGGGUCAGCACUAGUGCUGACCAUCAAGAGCACUCAGAUCUCUGCCUGUUCAUCUGGGUCACUGGUCAGCAAGGGCAGAUUUCAAGAUUUCUGUUUGAGAUUUGCUGAUGAUUUCGAGACGUCGUGGGAUGAUUGGAAGCCCGACCCCAAGGAGAGCCCAGUGAUGAAUGCCUGCGUGGUCCCUGAGGGGACUUAUGAAGUGUGCUCCCGGACCAUCAACAAACAGGCCUCAGAUCCAUUGAGUAAUGCCAAGUGGAUCCUGAAUGUGAGGUGGGAGAUGCAGGGAAUUGCAGUUCACCUGAACACCAAUGUAGGCAAAUGUUUCUCCUCCCUGGGUAAGACACUGACAACCCUGGCUGGGGAACCAGACGAGGAAUUAUCGGAGGAUGAAAUGGAUGCCAGAUCUGACCAUGUCUUCUCAAUGGAUAGUCCCUCAGAGUCGAUGACCUCCAUUAGAAGACCCAGUCAGAUGAUGGACACUCUCCCACCCUAUGUGUAUGACACCACUAUGGACCCCAAACUCAGGUUCCGCCUGAUCGAGAAAGAAAUGAACGAGCAGGCUCGAGUGGUGCAGGAUCUCAAGCAACUUGGAGCUAGUUUACAAACAAUAGAGGUAGAGUCCCGGAAACUGGAGGAGCUGAAAGCCAUUGUGUUCCAGGAUUUCCGACGGGAAAUGGUCAACAAACUUAAGAAACAGAGUGAAAGUCGGGCAUCUGCUCUGAAGGACCAGCUUGGUUUAGGCAAUAGACCAUCCCAUGUAAGGUCAAAGUCUUACGGAGGAACAAGGGAGAGGAAAAGUGCCUUUGAUUAUGAGAGGAUCGCUGGUCAGAACAGGGGCAUCUUCAACAGAAACAGCGCGUGGGAUGGAACACGCACCCUCCCCAGUAAAGUCCAGUUUGGGGCCUCUAUCGCCUACUCUCCUCCAGAGACCCCUGAUUCCAAAUCUUCCCACCCCUACUCCCAUUACAGUCCUCAACUUGAGGACCACUCACUGCUCUUCAGUGACUCCUCCUUUACCUCAGACACCUCAUCAGAGAGUUCCUCAGAACCAGAGGACAAAGGCACACUCAAAAGGGUCUCGGUGAUAAAAGAGGACAUCCAGGCAUCAACAGAAAGCCUGGACUUUUCCAGUAAAUACAACACCCUGACCCCCAGUCUGGGGAGUGGGGGGUCAUCUUCACGGUCCACCACCGCCCCCGAACCCAACAUUGACUUUGAGCUGGAUGUAAAAGUCUUUAUAGACAGUGGAAAAUGUGUGCUGCACCCCAAGGACACCAAGGAGGAAGAUGCAACAAAGAAACAACAGAAGAGGGAAAAGACACCAGACCCCUUACUGUCUCCUUCUUCUAAGAAAAAGGGCAAGAAGAUUGAGAUGACUUCCACUCCAAUGUCAGUGCCAGGGAAAAAGCCACAGGCACCCCAGCAGAUCGAGGACACUGUGUUCUUCCUGCCAAGUAUUGACCUCAAGGUGCAUUACAAUUCCAAAACUCAUAGCAGUGACCAAGAGAUGAAGUCCAAAUCAUCUGCCGACUCAUUUGAAGGAGAGGAACCAGGGAGGAGGAAAUCCCCCACCCCUGAACCAAGUCCAGGGUCCAGCCCUCUUGCUGAGGAAUCAUCCAACUACAAGACAUCCUGGCCACCGCCAGACUUCCCUAAGGUGAUAGUGAAGAUUGAUGAGGAGCAGGAGGAGGUGAUGAUGAGGAGGAAGUUCAGCCCUCCUCUACCUCGAGUCCCACCUCGACCUCAACCUCCGUUCAGUCUGGAGUCUAUAGAAUCCAGGGAAAGUACCUCAUCUGCACCCUCCAAGAAGUCGGGGGUCAAGAAAGCGAACCUAUAUGCCUGGUUGUCCCUGCAGUCUCUACCUGAGGAAAUGGUUAUCAGCCCAUGCUUGUUGGAUUUCCUUGAGCAAGCUUUGGAACCAAUUCCAAUUGGUCUAACAAUGCUCCAGCAAAGCAAGAAAGAAGAGGGCAGCACUGAGCACCUGGAAGCGAUGGACAGCUCCUACAGUACCCUGGGUAAUAUGGUAUAUCAGACAUCGUUUCCUGUGGAUGUGGUGGUGUUUAUCCGUGUGGAGCCCUCCAUCAUCCGCUUCAACUGCCUGCCAACCUCUCGAGUGGAAUGUUUGCUGAAGUUACCAGCUCUAGAGACAGUGUUCUCCACAAAGAGUACAGACAUUGAGUCAGGACUAGCAGAAGGAACGCCUCCACUGAAAGCAAAAGUCUCCAAGCUGCGUGAGAGGCACCCCAGUGGAUCCCGAGUCUAUGGUGAGGCCCGACCAAGGGCCAGUAGCACCACCUCGUCCAGUGACAGUGGUUCUUUGUCUGUUGGGGGACUUAGUUUUACUGGGGCCAUGUCCGACUUCUCCCUGUACAUCUUCCAUCCCUAUGGCGGGGGAAAUCAAAGGAAGCCAAACAUUGGUGCCUCUCCUGGAUACAAUCUUGGUAGUAUUCAGGAAAAUGAGCCCGCCUGGUCAGAACAAACUCGCAGAGAUAUGCUCAGUCUGAAUGUUGAGUUUGUUAAGAUAAACAUUUCCCGUAGUCGUAAAAUUGAAUUACGGAGCUCAGACAAGGAGGCGAAGUCUAAUAUUGUCAGAUUUUCAGCUAUCUGUGACAUUGGAUCUGCUGCAUUUAAAUAUGACAUGAGAAGGUUGUCGGAAAUUCUCUCCUUUCCAAAGGCCUGGUACAACCGGAGUCUUGCUCGAAGGAUGUUCCUUGGGGACGAGAGUUACACCCAGGUCCCAGAUGAAGAGUAUGACACCACCUCCACCGACAGCUCCCAGGGGGACAGUCCCGUCCGCCCCCCCGUCUCCAAACUCUUUACCUCCUCCCCCUCCCUCUCUCAGUCCAACAGUCUCAGUGUUGUAAUCCCAGGCCACCAUCGGCGGAGUUCCUCUGGGGACAAGAUCAAAGUCCAGCUCAGCAUGGACCUCAAGCAACAGAUCGACAGCAAGCUCCCGCGGACAGCUUCCAUGCCCCAGUCCCCCACGGAUGGACUUCCUUCAGAGUCGUUCAGUCACACACACACCGGGACCCCGGGCUCCACAGCCAAGACUCCCGGCAAACAGAGGUCAAGUGUCAGCCAUUCAGAGGGCAGCAAACACAAGGGUCAUCAUAGCAGCAGUCACCUGACCCCUAAGUCUGUAUCCUGGGAGACGCUGGUGUUGUUUGCCGUUAAUCUGGCCAAGCUGGAUCUCCAUGUCAACAUGAGCAACGUGAUGGGCAAUACAGUGUGGACUACAGAGCAGAUAAAGAGCCAGGGCAGUCUGUCUAUUCAUAGUAACGGCCAUCGAGACCUGAAAAUUACAGCAGGGACAGGAAAUUCCCACUUUGACUCCAGGGGCGGAGUUGUUGGAGGAACCAUUGAUCUUAAUGACCUUAACCUUUUCGUUGAAGUAGAUGAGGAUCCAGAACAAGGAAAGCAGCCCCUGCACAGUAUGGGGGUCUCACUGCACACGAUCGAGUGUCGGAUGGACUACAUGGGCUCUAGUGUACUCAUGGCUCGCCUCAACGAGCUCAGGAUCUCAAUGAAGGAUGAGUGGCAUGUUCAGAACAAACCCAGUAGUGAUACCCCACUGGCUACAAACAGACCAGCCAUUCUUUUUGCUCAUGGAGACUUGAACUGGGAACAAUUUCACAUGAUGAUCUCCCGCUCCACCACGCCCGACAUCAUCAAAAUGGUCUCCAAGAUCGAGGAGUUCUUCAUGAAUCAGUUUAACAGUAGCAGACGCGUCCUGUCAGCAUUUGGUCCAUUGCCAGUGACAAAGAGAGGAUCUGACCGUAGGAAGAUGUCUGAUGAUCUUGAUUGUAUCUGGGACAUUCGGCACCACCGACAUUGGCAGAGAGCCCUAGAACUGGUGGUCGGGUGUCGAUUCUCUAUGCUGCCAAGCAUGAUCCCUAAGCAGGGCACCAUUCUAGGUGGCAAUAUGUCCUUGAAGGGUAAAAACCUGACCUUGGCCUGUUUCCAUGGAAUGAAUUUUAAGGCCAAGUCCUGGGCUCUUUUUAUCAUGCAUGAGCCAUACAUUAUAUUUGCUACGGAGUCUCAGCAGCUUCCAGAGGGAGGAAUCCAUGUGAUCCAAAACCUGAACUUUUAUGUGGGUCAUGACCUGACCCAGCACACACAGGACCAGCACAACGCCUAUAUCUGCAUGCUGAGUCGCGGCCACUCCAUGCCCCCCUCCUUCACCAGUGUCCAGGAAUGGUUCCACUACACCCUGGCCGCCUCUGACGUUAAAGGUCUUGACUGCUUCCCCCAGACGGCCUAUGAAGACGAUGCUCUAGAGGCUCGGAGGAUCAGAAAGGUCCAGGCGUACAGCCAUGAUACGGAGAUUAUCUUCCUGCUACCAUCACUUCAGCUUCAGCUCAAGACCAUCCAUAACCAGUCCCAGCAUGAGCCUAAGGCUGACGAGCCCCGCCCGGUGGUGGAGUGUAGUUUUGUGACGGAGUUUGAGGACCACAUCUUUGUUGCCAUGGACGCAGAGGUCAUCCUCUUCCUUCAUGACCUUAUCUUGUCUUACAUCAAGGAGAAGGAUAAAGGAACAAAGCCUCCAUAUGGCACAAGUGCCAAGUCACCGAGAACUCCGGAGUCGGAGAGGAAGAGAAUCACUGACCCAACUACAGCACUGAAGGAGGACUGGAGAGUGUUCGAAUGCAAUACUUGGCACCUGGAGCCUACUGUCAGGCUUCUACACUGGGCGAGUAAAGGGAAGGAGAUUGACACAGUGGUUGUAGAUUACGUUCUACAGAAGCUGGGAUUUUCUCACGCCCGAGUCACCAUACCAAAAUGGAUGCAGAGAGGGUUCAUGGAUCCCCUGGAUAAACUCUUGUCCUUCCUUAUAGAGAAGCUGAUUCUGGCCCUCAAAUCCCCAGAGGAGGAGGUUGUGGACUGUGUCUGAGAGGGACGGGCCUGCAUGUCUAGUCCCAUAAAGGCUCUGCCGGGGUUUAAUUAAAAGCGGGUCUAUAGAAUGAAGUACAUAAGAACAAUUUUUUGAGAGAACUAUGCAGCUUUUCAUCGAAGAGAUUUAAGAGAAUGAAGUUGUUAAAAUUCAAAUGCAUGAAUAGAUAUAUAGAUAAAUAGGUGAACUUGAAUUGUAAGGCUUGAUUAAAAAAAUAUUUGAUGUGAAUAUUGUAACUAAAUCAAUGUUUUUACUGUAAGGUGUUCCUAGAAGCACCUGUAUAUAGCUGUCAAAAGAGAUACCUAGAAAAUGUUCAUAAUGUAUCUGUCUUAUAUUAAGAGUGAUUAAAAAGUGCAUACCUAUUGUAAAUACUUGUACAAUUACACUGUACAUGAUUUCACAUGUACACCUGUAUCAUGCUAUUUUGAUGGCUUUGAAAUUUACAUCAUAAAUACCAUGUCUAUUGAACAUGAAGAUGUGCCAUCAAUGCUUCUCAAAUUUAUUUAAUUUUGUGAUAUGUGUACCGUAUAUUUUCAUGGGCAUAGUCAAGCUUAUUUAUUUGUGAAUGCAAUGAAAUGGAAUUUCAUGUAUGAAUGUCUUCAAUUUCAUUUUCAUUUAAUAUUUCAAAAUGUAUAUAUGUAUUACCAAAUUAUGACAUGGUAACUGUUGGUGGGUUAUGAUUUAUAGGGGUAAAUCUUUAUUGAAUUGUCAUUGACUCCAUCUAGCACUGAGAUUUUCAUCAUUUUUUUGCACAAUGUCUAUGUUGCAUAGAACAUCAUAAGAAGAUAAUACUCUAACUCUCUGUGAUUAGUUUUUGGCUUGUGCCUCCUUCAACCACCCCCCCCCCCCCCCAGCCCCUCACCCUCUUUCUAGGAAUGGAAAACGACCAAUAUUUGUUAUCUACUCACAGUGCUGUUUCAAUGAGCAUAUUUAAUAGAGGUUUAUUGUUUUCAAGUUUUUUUUAUUAUCUAAAACUUGUAUCUUUUAAUCAUACAAAUAGAUGUUCUUUUAAAGCAGUGAGAAUCAACAUCAUCAUGGCUGUCUAAUAGAGCUAAUUUAAAAAAUGGUCUGUAUGACUCAAUGUACUCAAUACAAUCAGAAAAUGAUUAUAAUUUAUGUUUAUAUUGUGAACGAUUAUGUAACUUAGGCUCAAAAUGUAUAGAGUUAUUUUAUUCUACAUAAUUUUUUUUAAUGUCUACCCAUUCCUUAUUUUAUUUACCUCUACCUUUUUUUUCUUAGUUAUAUUUUAUAUGGAUCUCAUUUUGUAUGAUGUAAGAUGUCACAUGAUUUUACCAUUCAUGAUAGUCAGAUGAUGUCGUGAGACAUUAAGUCACUUGAACUAAAUUUGUAUUCUACUCUAUUCCCCCCCUAUUAGUCUACGGCUGAUAAUUUGCAAAAAUAAAAAUUUUUGUAUACACUCAUUAUUCUAUUUUACAACUAACAUUUGUAUUAACUACAGUGAACUACUGUAAUAUGUACUGAAUAUUACUUUAAACCAAGCACUAGUAAAUGUACAUAUAUAUGAUACAUGUACAUGUUUUAUUUAGAAUAAGUAAUCAUCCUUCCAUCUGUCUGUCUGUGUUUAUGUGUAUGGGCAUGUCUGUAUUAGUGUGUUUGUAUAUGGUUCUUAAUGUGAUGACAUAUAUAUAGGUUGUAGAAUAAGGGAUGUCAAAACAAUACAAUAGCUGUCACUUGAUAAAAGGCAACUAAGAUAACAUUAGUAUUAUUUUACCAUUGUUGGCACUAAGUGUACUUGUAUACCUUAUAAAUUAACUACAGGACCCAUGACGCAUUUGCUACAACGGUGUAUACCAGUAUGUAUUUAAAUUUAGUACAAUAACAGUCAUAUAACUAAUUUAAAAGUGUAUAAUAUCCAAUUAACAAGUUAUUUAA